UUCGCUUCCCCAGAAGAUGCGUGUGGUGGCAGCGUUUGUGUGGGCGGUGGCAGGGGCGGCGUGGGCGCUGGAAGAGGGCGGCGUGGGCAGUCUUUACGAUCAGCACUUUCCUCCUCUUCACCCUAAUUGUACCCAGAGUCUCACAGACCUCUUGUUGCGCCAAGAAAGCCAGCUUAGAGAAUCUGCAGGAAUACUGAAGGAGAUCCUGUCAGAAAUCAAAGGCUCCUUGGCGCGAACUGCCCCGUCGACAGAAGCCUCCUGCUCAGGCACCUUCCGAAAGUUCGGUGGAACGUGUCUGUACCUUGCCAAGGACGUCAAAAAAACUUGGGAUGCUGCUCGGACCUUCUGCCAGGACCUGGGAGGAGACUUGGCCGUGUUCCGCGACGCCAACGCACUCGCAGAGGCUAUUGGAUACGCUAAAGCUUUAGGCAUCCCUCGCAAUAACAAUGUGUGGGUGGGCGGGACAGACCGGGCAGCCGAGGGGAAGUGGAAGUGGGUCUCCGGGGAGGACAUGCCGAGAGGGACGCCCUUUUGGGGAAUUUAUAAUGACAUCCGGCAGCCAAAUACAGGACGAGGGGAGAACUGUGCGCUUCUCUUUGGCAAUGAUGGCUUCUUGAUCCACGACGGCCAGUGCGGAUGGAAUUCCCUGCCUCUCUGUCAAACGAAGCCGACUUAAACGAGGGCAUUUAAGCCUCCGCCAAAUAAAGUUCAUUGAGACAAA